UCUAUCUUGGAGGCUGGGCUGGGCAGCCAUUGGCUGUUGGCUGAAGGGCUAAUCUAGGCCAGCUGUAGACGUCGCUCAUACAAACGGUGGGCUGGAAACUGUAUAUUUCUACCCCUUAGCUCUCCUUGCGGGCUGACGGCCUUUCCGAGUUGCUUGCCUCUGAGUCUUCUGAGUGUGUUGCUUCCACCCACCCCCUUCUUCCAUGGCUUCCUGGAAGGCCCUGACAAUGGGCCUCCUUCUGGUCCUGCUCUGCUCAUUCAGGCUCCCUAGAGCCCUGGGAGAGGAUCAGCACCACCAUCAUGACCACCACCACGGAAGCCAGCAUGAGGACGAACACCAUCACCACCACGGACAGCAUGAUGCUGAUGACGAAGAUGACGACCAUUAUCACCAUGCCAGCCACCUUCACGAACCAGGGCAUCACCAAGGAGGCCACCAUCCUCACCAUGAUGAUGAUGAUGAUGAUGACGAUGAUGAUGAUGAGGAACACCAUCACCACCAUGGUGGACAUCACCAUGCAGAGCACCAUCAUCACCACAGUUCCCACCACGAUGAUGAUGACGAUGAUGAUGAUGACGAUGACCACCACCAUGACAAGCAUCAUCAUCACCAUGAACAUCAUAGUAACCAUCACCAUGACGAUGACGAUGAUGACGAUGAUGACGAUGAUGAUGACCACCAUGACCAUCAUGGCAAGCAUCAUCACCAUGAACACCAUGGUAACCAUCACCAUGAUGAUGACGACGACGACGAUGAUGAUGAUGAUGACCACCAUGGCAAACAUCACCAUGAAGACCACCUUCACCAUGAUGACGAUGAUGAUGAUGAUGACGAUGAUGACCACCAUGGCAAGCAUCACCACCAUCACGAACACCAUGGUGACCAUCACCACCAUCACAAGAAUGAUGAUGAUGAUGAGGAAGAUGACGAUGAUGAUGAUGAACACGACCACCACCAUCAGAAACAUCAUGGUGGCCACCACCACCAUGAUGAUGAUGAUGAUGACGAUGAUGAUGAUGAUGACGACGAUGACGACAGUGAUGAAGAGGAACACCAUCAUCAUGAACAUCAUGCUCACCACCAUCACCAUGAGGAUGAUGACGACAGUGAAGAAGAAGAAGAGCAUGUCAGUCAUCACCAUCACCAUCUCCAUAAGGAAGCUGACGAGGGCAAAGAGCACCGCCACCAUCACCAUGGUGAUGAGGAAGACGAGUCCGAUGAAACGGCAUCCAAGGAAGAAGAUGAGGAUGAAAGGCACAAACACAAGCACCCCAGGCAUGAAGGCCAUGACAAGGCCAAGAAGCACCACAAAGAGGGAGAAGAAGAGGAAGACGACGAGGAUGACGAGGACGACGAGGAGUACGAGGCAGGCUCUCUGUGCCAUUACUGUGCCUUCUGCAAGGAUUGCGACAAGUGUGACAAGUGCCCCUGCAAAGAAGGUGACAGCAGCGAAUACUGCGCAAGCUGCCAGUAUUGCCAUUUCUGUUACGUUUGCCCUGUGUGCGAGACAGCCUGUGCACCCGGCAGCAUCGUAGAUGAAUUAUCUGGAGCCUUAUUUCAGACAUUUGCCACCAUCUUUGAGCAGCAGGAGCAUUGAAGCGCCCCCUGGUGGAGAAACCAAAGUUAGGAGGGGGAGGGGGAAUCAGGUGCCCCUUGAUUUUCUAAUUUUUAUUUUUAUUUUUUGAGCCAAACUGCGUGUGAUGGAAGAUUCCACGAUUCUUUCUUCCGGCGGUUGUUUCCCCACCCAUCAUUGUCCUCUCAAAAACGUACCCCUGUUGUUUUUCUCCCAUGGCGUCCUAUUUAUCCCCCACAUCUGUAAAAUCUGCUGGGAGUUGGUUUUGAGAGGAUAUCCGAUAGCAUGAAGGGAGAGGGUUAAGCAGCUCGACUUUACCCAACCCCCUACUUCCAACUUCUGCCUCUCACGGGACUUUUGAUUCUUAAAAAAGCAGCUGUUGGAAGACACACAAUUCCAGAACUGGCAGUCUUGUGUAGUCUGGCUUUUAUAAUUAGCCAGGAAGCCAUCCCAGGUAGGCUGCGGCCUGUUGAGCAAGAAGGGUGACCGGCAUUUACUGAGCAAAUCCACCCUGGGGCAAGGGGAUUACCAACGCCUCAGUGAUGCACGUUUCCCCAGCCUUUGAAUAAGUUUGAGCUGGGUCAUACCGGAAGCCUUCUCCUGAGCAAUAGGUUUCCUGCUCUUGCCUCAGCCCCUAGGCAGGGAAUCUGUGGUUCUCUGGAUGUUAUUGGACUCCCAACUCCCAUGAUCCCUCAAAUUGACUCUGCUGGCUUGGCGUUGAUGGCAACUGGAGUCCAGCAAUAACAGUGGGGCAGCUGCAAUUUCUCCCUCUCGGCCUCAACUGAACAGGCAACGGGGCAACUCACACUGCGCAA